CAGAAAGCAACAAUAAUUGAAGAAUAUAGAUAAAGAGAGAUUCUUAUCAAAAUGAAAGGUUUUCUUCAAGCUUUUGUUCUCUUAGCUUUGGCUUCCUCUCUUGCCUCUGCUUUUGACCCCAGUCCUCUUCAGGACUUCUGUGUAGCCAUCGACAACCCCUUGAACGGAGUGUUCGUGAAUGGGAAGUUCUGCAAGGACCCCAAGCUGGCCAAUGCGGAGGAUUUUUCCUUUUCAGUUAUAAAGCCUGGAGACACAAACAACCCAGUUGGAUCAAAGGUAACUCCAGUAUUAGUAGAUGAAAUUCCGGGGCUUAAUACUCUUGGCAUAUCAGCUGCCCGUAUUGACUUUGCACCUUAUGGUCAAAAUCCACCUCAUACUCAUCCUCGUGCCACUGAGAUUCUUGUUGUCCUAGAAGGUACUCUGCUGGUUGGUUUCGUCACUUCCAAUCCAGAUAAUACACUUAUCAGCAAAGUUCUUAAUAAGGGUGACGUGUUUGUGUUCCCCAUUGGUCUUAUUCACUUCCAAUUCAAUAUCGGAAAAACAAAUGCUCUUGCCAUUGCUGCUUUGAGCAGCCAGAAUCCUGGUGUCAUUACUAUUGCCAACGCCAUAUUUGGAUCAAAUCCUCCCAUUAAUCCAGAAUUUUUGGCCAAGGCUUUCAUGUUAGACGUAAACGUGGUGAAAGAUCUUCAGAAAAAGUUAUGGGUUGCCAAUUAAUGAGAAUUUUCCAAAUGCAUUUAAACAAUGGAAGAUAAUUUGAAUAAUUAAUAUAUAAAGCUGAAAAGUUUCAUGUAAUAAAUUCGGUUGCAUAUUUAAACGUAUGUACCUCCACCUCCAUGUUUGUUUCUGCUUAAUGAUAUAAUAUAUCAGUUUGUUUUCUCUGUU